UGACGUCCUGCGUGCGGCGGUGGGUCUGGGAGCAGGAGAAGAUGGCGGUCUCCACAGGAGUUAAAGUUCCUCGUAAUUUUCGCUUGUUGGAAGAACUUGAAGAAGGACAGAAAGGAGUAGGUGAUGGUACGGUUAGCUGGGGCCUUGAAGACGACGAAGACAUGACACUUACAAGGUGGACAGGCAUGAUUAUUGGGCCACCAAGGACAAACUAUGAAAACAGAAUAUAUAGCCUGAAAGUAGAAUGUGGAUCUAAAUACCCUGAAGCUCCUCCAUCAGUUAGAUUUGUAACAAAAAUUAAUAUGAAUGGGAUCAAUAAUUCCAGUGGAAUGGUGGAUGCACGGAGCAUACCAGUAUUAGCAAAAUGGCAGAAUUCCUAUAGCAUUAAAGUUGUGCUUCAAGAGCUAAGACGUCUUAUGAUGUCCAAAGAAAAUAUGAAGCUUCCACAGCCACCGGAAGGACAGACGUACAAUAACUAAUUCUAGUGGAUCUCAAACUUGUCUUAAAUCAAAUCAACAACCUUCUACUCAUGUUAUUGUCUUGAUUAAAUAUCACCAUGCAAAAUACCCACACAUUAAGUAAAAGAAUUGCAGCUGAUAAACAUGACCUGGACAGUUGUAAGAAUAUAUUUAAUAUAUGUACACCUAUUAUGUUUUCAGGUAACAAGAGAAGUGCAGCACAAUUUUUUUUUGUCUUCUUAAAGCACUGUCGUUUAAACAUGAACCUGAAGUACUCAAAGUGGAAUUCAGGUUUUCAAGACAGAAGCAUGUUUAAAAAGUGUCAAAUGGCCAUGGAAACUUUUGUUUUUCUGAAAAGUAAAGUCUCAAGAAGGAAGAACAGAAAUGGCAUGCUUUAUCCAUCCUAUGUAGAGCUGCAGUUGGAGUUGUUUAAAGUAGCAGAUAGAAUGACUAGUCACCACCUGUGUUAACUCUUGAAGCGGUGUGGGUACUGACUACUAUUAGUAUCAAAAAUAGGUUCAGGAUUGUUUUGAUACCUGUAUUUAUAAUAAAAAGAUGUUUGGGGUUUUGAAUUUCUGUUAAAAACUGUUCCUGUUUGUUACAUAUAACAGACAUAAUUUGUUUACAGUCUUUGUUUAAUAAAACAUGCUUAGAAGUUUUAAGUGAAGUCAGCAAAAAGGAAAUAGGGUUAUGGAUAUGUGAUUUUGAGAUGAAAGUUAGGCUUAAAAUGUAAAUAAAAUAUGGAAUGUGUCUUCAGAGACUGUGCUAUUUUUGUUAUGUUGAUAUAUGUUAUAGUAGCCAUAUCAAGGUAGCAAAAUUGGGGCUUAUUAAGCUAAGCAUGGUAAUGGCAGAGGCAGGAAGCUCCAGGCCAGCCUGGGCUGGUACAUAAAACUGCAUUUAAAACAAAAUAAGAAAUAUUGAGAGAAUAGCAAAGAUUUUCAUUGAAAUUCUAUUUUAUAUGCUUAUGUUUUGAACUUACAGAGCAUUUGUUUUGACAUCGUACAUGCUCAGUUUAAUUUCUUUGCACAAAGAGGUAUCUCAGUUGCUACAUCUCAAAUUUUAUAUCAUCAUAGGUAAUAUUCAAAAAGAUCUUUGAAUUUUAGCAGUUUUAUAGUUACAGACUGCAUAUUAUUCAAGCAUUCAUUCACCUUUUCUUUGUGACAUUUUUAUUUUUCUACAAAGCUUUUGGUUCAUUAUAGUUGACUGAAUUGAAGAUGUUUCCUCCCCAUCUUUAAACUUUCUUGUUAUUUUAUUUGUGUGUGUGUGUUUGCAUGUGUGUGUACUUGUGUAAAGGUCAGAGGUUACCUUUGGAGUUGGUUCUUGCCUUCACUUUUAUGUAUGUUCCCGUUGUUGAACUUCGAUUACCAUGUAUCGUGUAUGUGAACAAGUGCCUUUACUGUGGAGCCAUCUCAUUGGUCCCUCUUCUAAGACCAACGAAAGUUAAUUUUACCAUUCCACUCCAUGUUCACUUUAAUGAAUAUAUGUCUGAAGUUAGAAGUUUGUUUUUAUUCUUUAUCAAAUUGACAAAUUUUGAUUGUCAAAAUAAAAAAUUAGAUGUUCAAACUUUGCCUAUAAAGAAAGUAAAGGAAAGUGUUACUUGUA